UAUUCCCAGCUCUAAUUCUUUUACAGGAAUUUCGCACAACAAAUUCCGAAAAUUAGCAUAAAAUUUGACCGGAAUCUAAGAAAACUAAGAAAACAAGUCUCCAGCGCCCAGCUUUCGGCGCUAAAGGAACGCUUAAAGGCGUUUAGCGGCCGCCAGGCAUUAAUGGUUUAGCGGCGUUACUUGGAGCACAUCCCAGAAGCAUCAGCAUGUACAACGGCAUCGGACUGACCACUCCCCGUGGCUCCGGCACCAAUGGCCACGUGCAGCGCAACUGGGCGGCCGUGCGGCCGGGCAAGAAGGACAAGGAUUACCGCGCCGAGGACGAUACCAAGAAGCUGGACGCCCAACUGAAUAGGCCGCCAAAUAAGGAGAUCCUGGACCAUGACCGCAAGCGCAAGAUCGAAGUCAAGUGUCUCGAGUUUGAGGAAAUUCUCGAGAAGCAAGGACGCACACCGGAGGAGAUCAAGACGCAUGUGGACGCCUUCCGCCAGAAGUUGAUGGGACAGGGCAAGACCGAUGUGGCCAAGGAUGAAUUUGGACGUGUAGCUGUUCGCGACACCCAUCAGAUAGCCGAGGCUCAGCAGCAGAAGAACGCCAGGCUGCGCGAGGCCUUCAAUAUAUCCGAGUACUUUGUGGAGGGCAGCAGCUUCGACAGCGAUCGCAAGGCAAAGGAGGAUCUGGCCAAAAGCGUGGCUCUCCAAAAGGAACUGGACGCCCAGCGCGAGAGCCUGGCAGCAGCGGCGGCGGCCGCAGCGGCUGCAGCAGGCAAGGAUAAGGAGACGGGCAAGCGGUAUGCCCUGGUCCGUACUCCCUCGCGGGAACGGGAGGCAGACAACAACAGCGACAAUGAGCGCGAACAUGUCUCCAAGUCGGACAAGAAGAAGCGCAAGAAGCGCGCCAGAGAAAGUUCGGCUAGUCCUGAGCGCAAAAAGGACAAGAAGAAAAAGUCCAAGAAGCACAAGAAAGAGAGUAAGUCGAAGAAGAAAAAGUCACGCAAGCGACGGCACAGCGACAGUGAUCAUAGUGACAAGGACAGCGAGGACGAGGAUGAUGCAGCGGCGGCGGCGGGCAGCAGUGAGGACGAAGAGCGUCGCGAGUCCACGAAGAGCAGUGCCCGCAAGAAAGCCAAGAAGGACAAGAAAAAGCGCGACAAGAAUCUGAAAAAGAAGACACGACCGCGUGCCAGUUCAACGGACUCGGAGCGCUCCAACUCUCCUUCUCGUAAGGAGAAGAAAUCGGACAAGUCGCGUGGCUUAAAGUCUUCAAAGGCUGACAAUCCCUUGCAGCAGCAGCAGGAUAAUGCCAUGCGCAGCCGUUCACGAGAGCGUCGAAGGGAUGCCAGGGAUCGAUCGGCCGGCACUCCUCCAAGAAAGGAGUCACUAACGCAAAGGGAACGCUCCAGGGAAAGGCAGCGCUCUAAGGAAAGACAGAGAUCUAAGGAGAGACAACGAUCCAAGGAAAGACAAAGAUCUAAGGAAAGACAACGAUCUAAGGAGAGGCUGCGCUCCAAGGAAAGGCAAAGAUCUAGGGAAAGACAACGUUCCAAAGAGAGACAGCGCUCAAAGGAAAGACAAAGAUCCAGGGAGAGGCUGAGAUCAAAAGAAAGACAAAGAUCCAGGGACAGGCCGAGAUCAAAGGAGAGACAAAGAUCAAAAGACAGGCACCAGUCCAGGGAGAGGCAUAGGUCCAAGGAUAAGAAUUCAUUGAUGGAUAAGAAACGUGACAGGUCCAAAGAACGCCAGAGAUCUAGCGAGAGAAAGCGUUCUGUGGAGAAGGAGCGUGAAAGAUCCAAAGUUAGACCUCGUUCAAAGGAGAGGCAGAGAUCAAAGGAGAGGCAGAGAUCCAAGGAGAGGCUGAGAUCCAAGGAAAGGCAGCGCUCAAAAGAGAGACAACGCUCUAAAGAGAGGCAACGAUCCAAGGAUAGGCAGCGCUCUAAAGAGAGACAGCGUUCCAAGGAGAGACAACGAUCCAAGGAGAGGCAACUAUCCAAGGAAAGGCAGCGCUCUAAAGAAAGGCAACGCUCCAGGGAAAGGCACCGUUCGAAAGAGAGAAUGCGCUCCAAGGAUAGACAACGUCUAGCCAAGGAAUCGUUGGCCACAAAUUCCCCCAAGAAUCGCAGUCCCAAAAAGAAAGACGAGCCCCGCCAGCGAUCUCCCUUGAACGUGAGCAAAAGGCCAACCGAUGUGCCGCCCAAGCAAUCUCCACCAGCCCAUUCCCCAGAGGCGCCGCCUAAAAAGUCCACGACGACACUGCUAGCCUUCAAUCCCUUCAAGGCGGCCGAGGACACGGUCAACGAUAUUCUGGGCACCAAAUCGGUGAUGGUGGCCCUCGAGCAGACCAAACGACAGCGCGAGGCUUCCGCCAGUUCCAGCUCAGAUUCCGAUAGCUCCGGCAGCAGCAGUAGCUCUUCUGCCUCCCGGACGCCUUCGCCAAAGCCCACGCCCAAGAAGCAAAAGAAGACAAGCAGCACACCCGAGCCCAAGGAGGUGAAAAAAGAGGCCAGUCCGGCCAAGAGAGAGACGCGCCGCAGAAGCGUCAAGCGAGAGCGUUCCAACUCUCCGAAGACCAAGCCAAAGAGCAAGGCGGCAGCAGAGCCAAGUCCAAAGCCAGUGCGCCGUCGUUCCUCCCGGUCUACCAGCUCCUCGGAGCUGCGCUACUCGCCGGCAGAACGGCACCCGGAACGCUACCAGGACAUCAUUGGUAUCCCAGAUAAGAAGCGGCCAUCCAAGGCCAGAGAAGCUCCUUCAACGAAGCCCGCUCCCGUGGUUCGCCUGCGGGCACAAAGUGACGAUGAGACCGAAGCCGAUGGCUCCUCCGCCCUGGAGGAGUUCCAGCAGAGCAAGCGGGAGCACGAGGAACAGCAGGAGCUGCGAAUGCUGGAGCAGCUCAAGUCGGGAAUAGCGGCCAAGGCCAAGCAAAAGAUCAGGAGCACCAUGGAGAAGGACCCGGCCAAAGAGGGCAGCGAUCCCCUAGUCGCAGCGCUGGCGGACAGCUCGCUGGUGGAUGCCAUCGUCUCCAAGGUAUCGACGGCCACGGUGGCGGCGGCGGAGAGUGCGGCGCGGAGGAGCCGGAGCAGGGAGCGUCGGAGCAGGAGUCGCAGCAAACGAAGGACCAGCGGUAGUCAUCAUCGACAUCACUCCAGCAGUCGCUCAAGAUCACGCUACAGCUCUUCGAGCAGUCGCAGCGGUUCUAGGAGCUCUAGAUCCCGCUCUGGCUCGCACUCCUCCCGCUCCAGCUGCUCCUCACACAGCAGCACGGGCAGCUCCUCCUCCGGCGGCAGCGGUUCAGGAUCAUCGCAGUCGGGCUCACGUUCCCCCUCCAUACCCAGGCGUCGUGGCUCACCAAGUUUCCUGGAUAGACGUCGCAUAACGAGUGCCCGCAAGCGUCCCAUUCCGUAUCAUCACAAGACACCCACGGCCGAGGGCGAGGGUGCAGAGGAGGCAGCCUCCAGUUGCUGUUCCAGCUGCUUCAGCCGCACCAGCAGUCCCGCCACGCCGCUGCUUACGCCUUUGAGGAGCAGCCGGAGUCCCUCGAUGGCCGCCUUCUGAGUGUUAACCGCGUCGCUGCGCAAAAUGUGCGGCGAGCCCUGAGACAGGAAGCUCCUCCCAUCCCAUUCAUCACCAUCCUAGUCACUCCUAGUCCUCUAAGAUAGUUGUUAUACACGCAUUGAACUUGUUUUGACACCAACAUUCCGUAGUCUUAAGUUAGUUUCUUGAAUUCAAUAGCGAAAUUAUUAUGUAGCCACGAUAUUAAGCCAAUACUCGUUUGUAAGCCUCUCUGCUCUCGAUUAUUUGCUAGUCAUAAGCUGCGUUUUAAAAGUAAAUACACGCAUUAUUUGUUGCCCAUCU